AUGUUUCUCUUAUGGUUGAUGGUUCUCGUUGUUUCGCUGAUUUCGAACAGCAAAUCAGACACUCUUUGUCUCAAUAAUCCCAUCAUCAUUUGCCAUUGUCAAAGUGGUACAGGCUCAGUCACUUGUGUUCAAAGUCAGGCAAGCAACGACACUUCUAUCGAUUGGUUAACGUUUUCGUCUCCUGAAUAUGAGAGCUAUAUAUUUGAUUUUAUUAACAUUACCCGUUUAACACCUGAUACGUUCACAAACUUUCGAUCAAGAUUUUCUUCGCUUAAUAGUUUGCAAUUCCGAUUUACGAAUGGUGUUGAUGAGAUAGCUGAAAAUACGUUUCAAAUGUUGAGUAACUAUUCAGAAACACAUAUUUCUUUAACCUUUAAUUCACCAGGAAAUUUCCAGCUUGCUGAUCAUGCAUUUGGCCAGUCAAAGUACCAUCAAAUUCUCAUUGUGGAUGGACAACAACAACAGACAUAUCAACUCAAUCUAAAAGCAUUUGAGCGUGCAAAUAUUUCAGGACUUAGUAUUGUAAACUGUAACAAUAUUCAACUGAUCCAAAAUGAGCCAUUAUCAUUAACGAUUCAGGAAGUUGAAAUAAAAAAAUCUUCGUUGACAAAUGUUGACCUUCUUAUUCAAAGUCUUUCGAACUCAUUAACUAAGUUAGACUUAUCUUCCAACAAACUCGUUCAUGUCCCAUCAUUGGCUAAAUUCACUGGAUUAACUGACAUUGAUUUACACGAGAACUUGAUCGAAGAAAUCCAUGCGAAUACAUUUAUAAAUUUAACUCGUUUACUUCGACUAAACUUAUCGUAUAACCAAAUGAAACGAAUAUCACACGAAGCUUUUGCUGAACUGCAUUUAACCAUAUUAACAUUGAAUGAUAAUCAUUUGACUUCCCUGGAAACUGUAACCAUCCAUAAUGAAAAAAAAUCGUUUCUAAAUCCAUUGAAUCAAUCAUUGACGACACUGGUUUUAUCGAAUAAUUUACUCCAUGAUUUUGAUCCGAUCCGAAAUCUAACGCAUUUGAACACACUGCAAUUAUGUUGUAAUCAGAUUAGAGGCUUAUAUGAGGAUUCAUUUCAAAAUGCACAUCAGUUGGAAAUAAUUGAUUUGAGUUCGAAUCAUAUUGGCUCGAUUCAUCCGUUGACUUUUAAGGCAACCAAGGUGAAACAUUUGGAUUUGUCAUCAAAUCCAUUCUCGUCACUGGAAACAACAAAAAUAGUCUAUGACGAAGACUUCAAACGUAAAAAUCAAACAAAUUCGUUUCUUGAACAUAUUACAUCGACAUUGACGAAUUUACUAUUAAAGAAUUGCACGAAUUUAUUAGAAAUCAAUUGGUUUCUUUUUAAACAUACAGAUAUAUUAUACAACUUAGAUCUAUCUGGAACACCAAAAACAGACAAAUUCUGGUUAUAUCAACCUAGAAAUUAUAACGACUCGGCAGUUCAAGGUCAAAUGAGACAAUUUAUGGUUACUGUCAUGGGUAUUAAUUUUACUAAUAAUGAUUAUUGUUUAUUUAAACCAGUAUUUCAAGUACUUAAUCAUACUAUUUUACUACUUGACAACGAUCACCCAUGCAACUGUUUUGUAUUUAUGAUGAGAAACAUACUUCAAAUGAGAGUGCCACCGAUCUGUUUAUCGAAUCAAUCGAUUAUCGACGAAUUAAGUCAAGAGUGUAUGAACAUCGAUGCGUCUUGUGCAUUUCCGACUAGUAGUACAACUAUGUCAUCAACGCUAUCGUUGUCAAGUACAAGUUUUACAACUAUGGACAGUACUAUACCGAUCACUACUAUAAUAACUACAAUACCUAUGACAACUACGAUCCCAACUACAAUACCUACGACAACUACAAGCCCAACUACAAUACCUACGACAACUACAAGCCCAGCUACAACAACCACAACAUCUAUGACAGCAACUACAACCAAAGUAACGACUACCACGAAAACAGAAGAAUCGACAACAUCCGUUGCGCUGACAACUAUCGUCACUACAUUAGGAGCAGCACCAAAGGAUGAUGGCAAAUGGAAAACAAUUUUGGCAAUAAUGAUUCCUUUAACAGUUAUUAUUGUUGUUUUGUCUUCAGCUGGUAUUUAUAUUGUUCAGAAACGAAAAAAGAACAGGUCGAAAGAGGCCAUUGAGCUACGUGGAGGACUCACGAACAUAUUCGCUAAUAAAUAA